ACUAACUGAGUCCAUUGAUCGCUUUUUUGUGUCAAUGAGCCGACGAUAAGAGUCGUGAGAUCAAAGUGACACGGGGCAAAGGAAAUCGAUGAAAAUUGUCCAAAGAGAGACGAAUGAGACUUUAAGGAGGUUACGCGAGUCUUCAUUUUGAAAUAACGUGUAGAUUGAAUUUACGAAUCUAGAUACGGAUUGGAUGGGCCAUCUGAUAUCAGAGAUAGGAGAUCCGAAGAUACUAUUGAAUUGAGCAGAGGGACGACCUUGCCGAGAACUCUGAGGCGUCGCAGCUAGUGUUCUCUACGUGUUACGUAGUAACUGCUACGUAGCGGAAUACGUUUAACCUGACGACAUUAGGCUACAUAUAUUUACUGCUCGUGAAGACAAAAACGUUUUCGCAAAUAAAUACUGACUGUGAUCCGCGCGUGAUCCGGAUUAAACACGCAGGAUGGACAAAGACGCCUUCUUCAUCCCAGCGUUCGCGCCAACUGUCGGUAUGGCAGAAAAGACGCCGGACACUUUAUCGGAGACGAGCGCGAGCUCUACGACGCACCUCCUCGGAAUCGUCCCUGACGAACCUUCAACUGUAAUUUUGCCUACAAUGAGGCAGAAUGUUCCUGCAUCCACGAGUCGAGCGAAAUUUCGGAUCUCAAAGCUAGCCGAAGAUCCACCGGAACUUUUACCGAAAAAGGCAAGUCUACAAGCCAAUCGGCAUGUCGAAAUUCCCGUCAUAAGGGAUUUCCAGGCAGGAACUGGAUCUGCGAUGGAGACAAUUGUGGUGAUUAAUACCAUCGAGGAGGUUGCCAGUGUUGAAUCAAAUUCCGAAGAAUCCGAAUUUGCACCAGCAGACUUUCUUGAGACUCCACCAAUACGCCGAAGAAAACGAAUGCACCUGCAACCCUGCUGCUGUUUUAUGAUGUGCAAUUGGUUCCCGAAAAUGUGUUCCUGUCUCGACACAGAAGGGACGCUCUCGAAGAACAGAAUGUCAGGUCGCGUGGGCACCUACGAGCGUCUCGGUAACGCUCCAACGAUCUUCGAGUUCGGCAACACGACGCAGAGGGAACGACGUCGCGACCCACCCUCGAAGGAGUCGAACGAAGACACAGAUAGACAGGAGGAAUUGUCUUUCUACAACGACGACCAAUCCUGGACCGCGGUGGUAGUUGAGAAGAAUCUGCGCACCAUCGAUCUCUGCGAGCUUCUAAAGGUCAAGCGGAAUGCAUCUGGCAUCGCGUGGUCGGUCGUCGAGACGUGGCCGGAAUUGGGUAUCGAGCGCACCCUCGAAGAUCAUGAAGAUAUUCUUGCGGUUCAUCGCGAGAUGGAACCUUACACUGUGCGUCAUCACAGAAAGUUUUUCUUUCGCCAGGACUUCCUCAAAUAUGACUUCUUUAUCAAUCCAAAGCAAUUCUUUCCCAGCGAAAUGGUUUCCUUCCCGAACGACGAGGAUCGAAGCGAAUUCCUUGACGUGGAAAGCGCCUUAAGGAAUUAUUUGUCGCGGGACGACGUCGAGUGUCCUCAAGUCUUCAGCCAAGUGUGGAUACGAGAUGAAUCUUCGAAAACUUGGAGAAAGAUGCAAAUGUUACUGCAGGGCCGCAAACUUUACACGACGAGAAAGGUAGGAUUCAAAGACAAAGCUCUUUCUUUUUUUGAUCAAGUAGAUGCUGGUUAUUGUAGAUAA